AUUUCAUCCAACUCGUACUUGUUAACUGAUAACUGACAUGGUCCAUUCCUUCCCACCAGACCACAGCUCUAUCCAUUCCCCGCCACGCCACCCACCACAAGAUGUAAUUCUUUAAUUUUUAUUCUAACAUCUCUCUUGUUUACUUCUGUUCAUGGCUUCUUUGCCUUUAGUUACUGUUAAUUGCACUCUUAAACUCGAGCCACAUUUCACAAAACCGCCGGCACCUUCCACCUCUUUUCCCACUCACAAGAAUCCUAGCAUUUCCUAUCAGAGAAAUCAGACAGUUAAUCAAUUGAAUGGAAAUUCAGAACUACUUAGGUCUCUGGAUUUUCAAGAAGCUCUUACUAUGAUAAAAGAGGGCAAAAAGGUUGAAACAAUUUAUUAUGUUCCUGUCCUGCGAGAAUGCAUAAACAGGAAUUCAAUUUCAAAUGUACAGGUUGUUCAUACUCACAUCAUAAAGACUGGAACCCAUGAAGACUUUUUUGUCAUGACAUUUCUCGUUAAUGUGUAUGCAAAAUGUGGAUAUAUGGAAGAGGCUCAAAAGGUUUUUGACAAUCUGCCUAAAAGAAAUGCUGUUGCAUGGACAAGCCUGAUGACGGGUUUUGUCCAAAAUUCACAGCCAGAGCUUGCAAUUCAUGUUUUUCUAGAGAUGCUGGAAGCUGGAGCUUAUCCUACAAAUAUCACUCUUGGAACUGCUCUAAAUGCUUGUGCCUCAUUGGAGUCUAUUAAAUUGGGGAAGCAAAUCCAUGCCUAUAUUGUUAAGUAUCGGACUGAAGAUGACGCUAGCGUUGGAAACUCACUUUGUAACUUAUAUUCAAAAUGUGGCAACUUGCGCUCUGCUGUUAAAGCCUUCAGGAGAAUUAGGGAAAAGAAUGUGAUUUCAUGGACUUCAGUUAUAUGUGCUUGUGGUGAAAAUGGUGAAGUUUCAAAGGGGUUGAAAUUUUUUGCUAGGAUGCUUUCUGAAGGCAUUUUACCUAAUGAAUUUACAGUAACUAGCAUAUUGAGCAUGUGUUCUACAAUGCUCUCUCUGCGUUUUGGAGUACAACUUCACUCUGUGAGCAUUAAACUUGGCUAUGAAUCAGACCUCCGCAUAAAAAAUUCCAUCAUGUAUUUGUACCUGAAAUGUGGAUCACUUGAUGCGGCAAAUAAAUUUUUUGAUUGCAUGGAACAUGUCAGCUUGGUGACAUGGAAUGCUAUGAUCGCAGGCCAUGCCCAAAUGAUUGAUCUAGCUAAGGAUGAAAUUUCGGCUUACCAUAGUGGAACUGAGGCACUGAAAUUUUUUUCAAAAUUGAAUCGGUCAGGCUUGAAGCCAGAUUUGUACACCUUUUCGAGUAUCUUGACUGUUUGUAGUAAAUUGGUGGCCUUAGAACAAGGGGAACAGAUUCAUGCUCAGGCCCUUAAAUCCGGGUUUUUGUCUGAGGUGGUUGUGGGAACUGCUCUUGUUGGCAUGUAUAACAAAUGUGGAAGCAUUGAGAGAGCAAGCAAAGCAUUUGUGGAGAUGUAUACUAGAACAUUGAUAUCAUGGACUUCUAUGAUUACUGGUUUUGCAAAUCACGGCUGGAGUCAGCAGGCUCUACAGCUUUUUGAAGAUAUGCUGGUUGCAGGAGUUAGACCAAAUCAGAUAACUUUUGUGGGUGUUUUAUCAGCUUGUAGCUAUGGUGGAAUGGUCCCUGAAGCACUCAGUUACUUUGAGAUGAUGCAAAAGGAUUACAAAAUCAAGCCUGUGAUGGACCAUUUCGUAUGCCUGAUUGAUAUGUUUGUAAGGUUAGGUCGUAUAGAGGAAGCUUUCGAUUUCAUUAAGCAAAUGGAUUCUGAACCCAACGAGGUUAUUUGGUCGCUCUUGAUUGCGGGAUGUAGGAGACAGGGGAAUAAGGAAUUAGGAUUUUUUGCAGCUGAAAAGCUAAUUCAACUUAAACCGAAAGAUCCUGAAAUAUACCUUAUGUUGUUGGAUAUGUUCUCCUCUGCAGAAAGGUGGGAGGACGUUUCCAGGGUGAAACAAGCAAUGGAAGAAGAGGAACUAAGCAAAACACAAGAUUGGAGCUGGAUUAGCAUUAAAGGCAAAGUCUAUCCAUUUAAGCCCAAUGAUAUGCUGCAUCCUCAGAGUGCAGAGAUGUACAAGUUAUUGGAUGAAUUGUUGGACAAAGCAAAGGCUCUUGGGUACGAAUCAGAAGAAAGAUUUGAGCUAAUUGAGGACGAUGGCGAGGAAAAGACUUUCUCAUCUUCUGUUUAUCACAGUGAAAAGCUGGCCAUUGCAUUUGGGUUGUUGAACACACUGAAUGUUGCACCGUUAAUAGUUAUUAAGAGUACCACCAUGUCCAGGGAUUGCCAUAUUUUCAUGAAGAUUAUCUCGUCACUGACAACUAGAAAUAUCAUCGUUAGGGAUAGCGAACGGCUCCACAAAUUUGUUGCCGGACAUUGUUUAUGUGGAGAUUUUGGUGCCCGUCUUUGAAAACUUCGAUAAAAUUCUAAGUAUACUCCAAAAUAUUUUUACUCGUUUAAGAAUGCUAUCAUACUUUUUGCAAAUGUGUAAUUUUCCCUAUAAUCUGUUCUGUAACAGUUAGCUAAUGGUGAUAAAAAACUGAGUUCAUAACAAACACUAACCAUACA